UUAUCUGCGUAGAGCACGGCGGCGGGAGCAAAAUACUACACACACAAAAUUAAAACAAAAAGGCGGCAGAAACAUUUUUAGUUGCUCAUUUAAAACAGCUAGCAUAUAUGCAACAACAUUAUCACAACACGACGACGGAGUCGACACGAAAAAUCGAUAAUUAAUUUUGUUGAUUGAAGUUUUUUUUUUUGCGUGUUUCGGGAAACUCCAACGGGAAAAAAGUGAUUUUUUUGUGAAAAAAAAAUAAAUAACAGCUGUGCAAAUUUUGCAAUUUUUCGUAAAAGAAAAAAAAAUUGAAAAAAAGACGCUUUCAAUGCUAAAAAACGCUUGCAAAGCAUAAAUUAUACGUAAUAAAGGACCACUUGUCAUCAAGCCUGCUCAUUCGUGAAAAAUUCAUUGUUCGUGCUGCUUCAACACAAAAGAGAAUUAUUUUUGUUUUGAACUAAAAAAGAAAAAGAAGAAAACUCAACCAGAAUGCAGGACAAAAUUUGCGAAGUACCCCCGUCACAAUGGGAAGAAUUACGCGACAUGUUUGCAGCUGAUUGGCCUCGCAACAUUUACGCCUACAACUUGCUCGAGAAUUAUCUUCAAUGGCGAGAACGUGAUCCGAAAAUCAAAAAUUUGAAGAUUUUUGCGUUGAAUGGCGAUUACAGCGAUGGAACUUUUGUUGUUGUUGAUCGGUAUCAGAUUUUUGUAAACACACUCGACGAAAGUCAAUUGCGACUGAAGAAAUUGCUGGAUUUGUUGGAUUGGAGUAAGGGAUUUCAGGUGCAUGCGGUGUUGAAGCGUUACAGACCGUUGAUAAUGGAGAUAAUUGAGAAGAAGAAUUUGGUAGCUGAGUUGGAAUUCCACACGUACAUGCAGUAUUUGCCGAAAGAGGAAGCCGAGCAUUUCGAUGAGACACCCCCAGAUGGCAUCACGUUGAAGCCAAUGACGAGCUUGGAGCACGCGAUUCAGGCCAACAAGGCAUGGUUGUUCCACGACGAGGGUUCGCUCUUCUUCAUCAAGCGCCUGAUGGAAUGGAACGAAAAUAUCGGGGCAUUCAAUGAAAAAGACGAGCUCGUUGCAUGGUGCUUUAGGUUCCAAUUUGGCGGACUUGGAUUGCUCCAUGUCACGGACAAGUACAAGCGGAAAGGCCUUGGCAGCACGAUUGUCAAGACAAUGGCGAAGCGCCUGGCGUUGCUUGGCAGCGAUACGAUCGCGAGUGUCGUGACGCACAAUCAGCCCUCGCUCAAUAUGUUCCAAAAACUUGGGUUCCGCGAAAUCGACGAGGUCUCUUGGAUACACACAGUCCCACUCGUGCCUUCCAAAUGGGUCGAUUAAGAUGAAGAAGUCGUAACAACUUCCAACAA